GUCGUACGAAAAAUUAACAAUAUCAUACACGUGUUACUAAAUAUGCAAGCGUAUUUUAAAGACUGGAAUUAAUAGCCUCUUUUGAAUGAAAUACUUAAUAACAUGAAAUGUCAUAUGCAUUUCUUUUUCAAGUAUUAUACAUGAAUAAUUUUAGUACAUGUACGUAUUAUCAAGUAACCGACAAUGGCGAGUGUCGUUUCGUACGCGGCCGGAGUUGUUAUUACAACAAUAACACACCCUCUUGGCUAUGCCAAAGUCUUGACACAGCUGGGACAUGAGCCACUGAUUCCAUCGUUAUCCAAAACUCUUUUGACACGCCAGGAAAGAUGGUAUUACCCAAACAUAUUCAAAUACAUUGGCCACAUCAAGAAUCGGGAUGGUUUUCUCGGCUUGUGGAGAGGACUUGGACCACAAAUUGUAGAAAGCAUGGUCAGGACUUACGUCUCGCACACUCUGACAGAGGAGUUGAAGAAAAAGUUUCCAAUAGAUGAAACAGAGAACAGAAGAGAAAUCGUAAUUUUUCUGAAACAGUUUGGAAUUAAGACGUCCAGAGAAGUGUUGGCCAAAUCAGUAGCCAUUGUCUGUAGUCAUCCCUACCAAGUCAUUGCCAUUAGAACGAUGGCACAAUUUAUUGGCGAGGAAACCAUGUACAACAACAUCUUUUCAUCGAUCUCGGAAAUUUACAGGAUAGAGGGGUUCUCGGGAUUCUUUGCUGGCCUGGUACCAAGACUAAUUGGAGAAGUCAUUGCCAUAACCCUCAUAAACCUGAUGUCAGAUCUUAUCAACGAAUAUUGUGUGGAGGAUAAGGAAUAUCGAUCUUACACGACUGUCGCCUGUGAUCUAGCUGUGUCUCAGAUCACCUAUCCUUUUGUGCUGGUCUCAAGAAUAAUGUCCGUCAACAACUCGGGACUGGCCGCUGCUUCUCCUCCUUAUAUGAUGUACUAUGCAAACUGGCGAGACUGUUGGACCAAUCUUAAAAAGACUGGCGAAUUAAGUCGGGGAUCAUUAAUGUUUUGGAGACGAUGCACAAGCCUGGAUCGACAUAACAGGAUGUACAAUCCUCCUAUUGACUCGUACAGGAAGUACGCAAGCUUCUGAAGUGAAGAAUCUACGCAGACAGGUGCACCAGAUAAAUAAAGGGGAAAUAUUUCAAGUUGUGGAGCAAAUUUUACAUGACAUUACUGUAUGUAUUAUAGAAUUGUAACUGACAACUUUAAAUAACUUUCUGUAUUAGAAUUUUUAUAUUGAUACAUUUAGUGUUUAAAAUCACUUAUUGUUAUUAAGACAAAUUGUGGAAUAACAAAUGUUUCAUUUUAUUUUGAUCAAAUUUUACAUUUAAUCUUGAGCCAACAAACUAUGAGAGACAGACAUAAGAAUAGUUGGGAAAUGUUGAAUUGAAUAUUCUGCUAUAGUUGAUUUGUGAAAUAUUAUUUGAAUAUUCUGACACGAGUUUUGUAAAACAUUUUGCUUCCAAUGAUUUGUGAAAGGUGGAAUUGAAUAAUCUACCAUGAGUUGGUAAACAUAAUUUAUUUCCAAUGAUAUACAUACAAAGAAUAUUUAUGAAAUAUGGAAUUGAAUAUUCCGAUGUGAGUUGGUAAUAUGUAAUUUUAUUUUCAACGAUUUGUGAAAUAUCGAAUUGAAUUUUCUGACAUGCUUUUCUGAAACAUGAUUCUGUUUUCAAUGACCCUCUUCUGCAAUCUUGUCAUUUAAACUUUCUGAAUGUCUCACACAAUACAAUUUUACGGGUUACAUUUCCUAUUAAAAAGAUUUUUUCUUCAGCCAAUGCCGCACCCUUUGUCAAACGAAUCAUUGUGGAGAUGCAUUUUGUGAAAAUUGAGUUAAUAUAAUCUUUUACACAGGAUUGACCAGGGAAAUUGUAUAAUUUUCUAAGGUAUGUGAAUGACAGAAUUGUCAGUUGCUUGAUGCAUUGCCAUAGACAUUAAAGUCUUCCAAUUUGAAUACAAGAUUUUUGACAAGACAGUGACAUAUGUACUUAGAAAGCACACAAUAGAACAGGAGCGGAACGGUGUGGACAGAUGAAUAAUAUAGUAAAAUUAUUCUUGACUGUAAAUUUAUAUCUGGCUGUAAAACUGGACAUUUAUGCCCAUUUUGAUGUUAAAUGUCAGCCUCUAUUCCCAUUCAUAAAGUGCUCUUUUUAGGUAGCCAUAUGCCUUCCUACUGUGAUGAUGUUUUUUUUUUUAUA